AUGGAGAGGAUGCUGAUCUCGUUUGUGACAUCCUUACGCUCUUUAUCUGAGAGGCAGUUCAAGUCCACCUCCUUCCACACCACCAGAGAGUUGUCCUGCAGAUUGAUAGACAAGGAACAGACAGAGAAAGGUCAGGAUGAGAUCCGAAAGACUUUCACUGUGAAGGCUAAAUCAAACAACACUCUGAGAGACCUCACGCAGCACAACUUUACUGCAAUGGCCUCCUCAAAGUUAAACAAAUAUUAAUUAUAUUCCUUUUAUUUUUCUAUUGUGCUACUGCUAAUACAAAAUGUAAUAGGAUAAUACUAAGAUAAUAAUAACAUAAGCUAAAAUAGGGUAUAUCCCUAAUAAUGGACUAUAUAUGAUGUAGGCUCUAAUCAAACAAAGUAUUAUUUCAGCAAGUAAACUAAAAGGUUUAACAUUUACAAAAGGUUGUCGUUUUCCUGCUGUUGUCAAAUAAAUACAAACCAUGCUAUGUCCUUACACAUUGCUCUAGUUGUGUAAAGUUAUGGGGAUAAUAGCAGUUUUGUCAAAUGGCUUGGGAAUGUAAUGAAUCUUGCUCUCAAGCAAGCAUUUCCCACUGGGGUAUGAAAACCAAAGUAGACUGUCUCAGAGGCUACUGGCCAGAUUUGGUGAGAGAUUCACACAGCAUGCAGGGGAAGCUAUUGUAGAUCACUAAUACACAGGCCUAAUAGGUCUGUCUGUCUGUCUGUGUGUGUGUGUGUGUGUCUGUGUGUGUGUGUGUGUGUGUGUGUGUGUGUGUGUGUGUGUGUGUGUGUGUGUGUGUGUGUGUGUGUGUGUGUGUGUGUGUGUGUGUGUGUGUGUGUGAGUGUGUGUGUGUGUGUGUGUGCGUCAACAACAGUGGCAGUGACACACACUAGCAUAUUCCUGGGAUCUCUCCAAGAAUGAUAGAAAUAGAGCUUGACCUGCUUACCUCUGUUCGUCUGUAUAAGGUUGCUUCGCCAAAUGCCCCUCUUCCAAGGAUCCGGAUUGGAAUGUAAUGUAACUUUUCUUCCUCGCCACUGUAUACUGACGUCGAUCGCCCACUGGCGACAGAUUCACUCCCAGAAUCUGAAUUGAGCGAGGCGUAACGCCUUUCGUAGUCUUCAAGUGACAUUUUGAGUAUAAUAAGUGGUAAACUGUAAUGCUCGUAAACAAUUUACAAAUUAAUUGCGUAAACAAACUCGUAAAAUACCUUCCUUUAAAAUCUAAUUUGGGGAGAAUUCCCACAGAACAGCGACAGCUAGGCUAUACAUCAAUAAAAGCUUUAACUUUACGACUGCUGCAAAGAAUAAUAAGCCGCAGCAAUAGCGUGCAACAGAGUUGCAAUAGUUUUGUUGAUUUUACCGGGAAGUUACCGGGAAAUCUUUUGGCCUAGUCUCCUUCGAAACCUUUGGACGUUAAUGCGCAGUAUUACAAUAACCAUCUCCCUUGAUCUGAUACUCGUUAAUACCGACAAGAAGAUGUCUACUGUCUGCAGUUUACCCACUUUACUAACUUUACAUUUAGGAAGCUGACAGUAGCGCACACUCGACUGUGCCACAGCGCAAUAAGGAGUCCAUCUUUUCCAUUUCCAUGCAUAGGCAAAGAUGGAGAGGUGAAGCGAGAGGCUCAACUCCGCCCAAAAUCUGUCCGCGCUAGAAUACAGCUAUAAGCAGACCAAGUGGGGAUUCUUUGUAUGAAGGCCUAUGAGAGUGUCGAAUUUCGUCAACAAAAAAUGUAAUUGCUAAUUUGCUACAUGUGGCUUAUUUGAUCGAAUAUAAGUUUCGUAAUGUUUAGGUUGUUACAAAUGUACUGAUAUAAGUGGACGCUCGUGGCAUCCGGUAACUUUGAUAAAAAUAUAUUUUAUAUUGGUCUUGUCUCUGUUGUUCACACGCGUAUCUGCCCUCUCAUUGGCUAGAAUGUUCACGGUUGCGCUCUCCUCCACCCGCCUGCAUCCCGCCUUUGCGGACAUUUCUUUCCAUUGUCAGAGCGGUUAGUCGACUAUCUUGUCAAUAUAAUAUAUCCUCUUUGACAUGGGCUAGUACCCGGAAACACUCAAGUUAGUUAUGCUGCAUUCAUAAUAUGGUCAUGAGUGAAAGUUAGGCGGUACGGUCCUGUAUGGCGUCCCGGCAAAAUAAAUAGUGGGGGUACGCGGUACCAGUAAAACGUGAGCCUAUCACAAUUAAUACAACAUGCUCAAAAACCUAUAGGCUAUUCCACCAUUAUUUAACAUUACUGCAUGUCAGCCCAAUGACAAAUUAGCGAAUUGUUUGGAAACCGGGUGGUAUAUGCUCCAAAUUGUGUUGUGGUUUGAGGAGAACACUUACAUUUUGCCAAGGCAGAGAUGGGUGGCUGAGACGCUCGCGGACAAGGCGGAGACGAGUGCGUGGACAACAGUGGAUGCAUCAAUUCAGGCUACAAGUGUAGGCCUAAUGACAAUCACAGAAUGUCAUUACAAUACACGUAGGUCUUUUGUAACAGAUGUCUCUUUCCAUUCAUCAGUGCACUGUUGGGGUUUGGAUGCUGAAAUUACUUUGUGAGUGGACGAAUGUGCGCGGGUAGCCUACAGGAGCGCCUUUGUUAAGUGAUUGUUUGACAAUCAGAUAAAAACAUCAUGAUUGGUUGUGUUUAUUGCCACAUUAAAAAGUAUAGGCGGCGUGUCCAUAAGGCUAGCGGAAGCUUUCCCUCAAGUAAAUUGAAUUAAAUUGCCAAAAGUAUAUAGCCUAAUUGGCGUACUCCUGUCUAUAGAUAAAUAAAAUCAUUCAAAAUAGGCUACUACACCAGAAAGCAUGAUUUGGCCACAGAGGAUCAUUAGCUUCUUAAACAAAAAAGUUGUGCAUUGUUUUAAAUCGCAUAGCCCACAGUCGGAAGGGCUGUGGGCUAUGCGAGCUGCAAAUACCAAAUAGAUUAUUGUUGAUUUGCGACUGUCAGUGAAAAGCAGAGAGACCCAGCCAGGCAUAUCGCAAUAUUUAAAAAUACAAUCGCGGAAAAACUGUUUGGAAGAAAAUGUCUAAGAGAUGACAAUGAAAAGUUCAAAAGAUGACAAUGAAAAUACUCCAAUCUGUCUUUUAGUUUUCAAAAUUCUUAACUUAAUUGAGGGAACAGUAUUGGCACCAGCGGAGAACUUCGGCCAUAUCCCCGGUGAGUGUGCAUACUCACUGUCUUUGUCAUUGGGUCAAUGCCACUUUUGUUUGUUUUUGGACAAUAAUAAUUUCCUCCUCCAGGUUAGAUGGACUUCAUAUUGUAUUUGUGUCUCCACUUUUCGUAGGCCAAUUAUAUAUGGAUCAGAACAACAUCGUUUUUUAUUGAUCUGUUUGUCAGUGUCAACAGAGUAGGCUACACUGUAUUUUUUGUAGUAUAAAAAAAAUACUUGCGCGCACUUGGGUGUCCAGUACCGGUAAGAAAUUAAAUCUACUUUAACCCCUGAAUGUGGUAAAUACCACCUUUCCACUCGGUUAUGAACGCAUCAUUACGCUUAGUUUAUGCUGCGUUCAUAACCCAGUAGGAAGUUAGUAUUUACCAAGUAAUCUAUUAAUAUGGUUUUUGAACACUAUAAUUUGUUUACAAGCAUGACAGCUGUACUUUUAAUUUAUGGUUGAGACAGCUUGUUGGCCAUUAGCCAAUCUGAGUUUCUCAAGGAGUUCAAAGCAUCUAAAUGCCUCCAACUGUUAUUUAAGACUUCACAACUGGUAAUUUCCCACUUGGUCAUGAACACAGGGUUAGAUCUCAUCUCAGUUAAACCCCAUAGAGAUAGCUAGAGGACUCUAGUGCCCAAAAUCCAAUUUUAGCAUGCACAGCGACAUUGAGGACUUUCACCAUUUUUAAGUAGUCAACUGGGUGGGACUUCCUAUGGGUUAAGGAAGGAUCACAUAAUUCCAUCGAGGUCACCAGGAGGGAUCAACCAAUUAAUUAUACUUGUGAGGAAACAUUCCAUAACUGCAGGGGGCAGUAAAUCGCCAACCUGUAAAUCGCUUUAUACCUGUUCAAACAACACACUCUAGGUGGCAGUGUGCACCCUUUCAGUUUGUUUGCCAACUCAUCAACGUAGUAGAAGAUGAAAAUGGACUACUUCAAAAUGGAGAUGGCCUCAAUGGUGCUGCCUGUGCACAAAAAUGUGAUUAAUGCUAAAGAGGAGGCCCAGAGAAAGUUACACAGAGAGCUCACUAGCCUUCACCAGCAAGAGAUAGAAUUGAAGCAACAGACAACCAGCAAUGAUAACUUUCAGACGCAGAUUAAGAGCCUUCGCAAGGAUAAGACACAACUGCAGUCCCAAAUAUCUUCACUUGGUGAGAUAACUUUGUGUGAGACACCCUAAUUAGGAUUUGAUCUACUGACUAGUAAAAAACAAACAUACAAUGUGUCUUUACAGAGGAAAGCUCUGGCCUAUGUUUGCCAGGAUGGGAUCUGCUAAACUCAACGUGUUACAACUUUGCCAUUUCUGGUGCCAUUGAGUCUAGAAGCUGGGGAGAGGCCAGAAAAGACUGUUUAAGUCAUGGAGCUGACCUGGUUGUCGUAGAUAGCUGGGAGAAGCAGGUAAGACAUGGGCCAUCAUUUCAAACUGAGGUGAGGGACAAGGGUGGGGGGUUGAAGUGUUACUGUAACUGGAAGUGUGAUGUUUAUUACCAUAUUUUGUUCAUUGUAGAAGUGAGUACUGUUCCAAACUGCCAUUAUUCAUAAUUUAACCAACCUAGUUCAACAGCUUGUUUCUGCAUGACUUUCUGUAACGAAAACACAGGGAGUCAGGAAGCAGGUGCAGAUGGUGAGUUUAAUAAUAAUGAACAUGGAGCGUUACAAAACAAGAGAUGCGUCUGGACAUGAAAACAGAACCAAUACUGCCUGAUGACUGAUGUUGGUGAGGGCUAUAUGAAGGGAGAGUAAUCAAGGUGGUGAUGAAGUCCAGGUGUGCUUAACAAUGUCUCCUAUCCAUCAUCAGUGGUGGUCAGUGUAACACCACUACAUUUUAAAUGAAAAUGUUUCUACCAAAAGUAAAUUCAUGGUUAUUCACUUUUUUUCAAUUUAGCCUCUGUACAUGCAGUGCCAUAUUGGGCAAUUAUUUCCUUUAUGACUGGUUGUUUUGAGGAUCUUUCUGUUAUGGGAAGGUAUCCUGUAAUCCUUGGGCACACACACACACUCCUCCUUCCACUCAAACCACCAAUGGCCUCUCGGUAUUCACAUGAAGCAUUGACAUAGGGUAAUGAGUAAACAAAUCAUCCACAGGCAGAAAGAUCUGGCAAACAGUUGUUUUAGUUCAAUAAUGGCAGGCAGCAGACAGACAAGUAAAGGGAGAAUUCUGACAUAUAUUCAGAAAAUGGGAAAUACAGUGAGCUGAUAUGGCAGGAUGAUUUGAACACAGAUGGACAUCCUCUCCAGCACAGACAAGACCAACAACAAGAUACAGUAAGGAGAAUGUGACCUUUUUGGGGAAAAGCCAGAGAAUAUCUGCACUCCUAUACAAAUCAAUCCAGGAGCUUUUGGCAGAUUGUAGAUUUUAGUAUACAUUUUCCAUUGUCCAGUGUUCAUGUUCAUGGUGAGAGAUGGGCUGAGUUUGAUUCUACAGAUUGAUUGAAGUGGGUCUGGUCAUGCUCAGUGCUCUUCUACUGGCAGUUGACAUUGGUGUGGGAAUCCAAAGUAAGUAGUGUCCGUUAUCAUUUCACUCUCCUUUAAAGAAUCAAUAAAAAAAACUUCCUCUAGUGAUGUUAGGUCUCUCUUUGGUCCCCGCAGAUAGCAAAAUCAGUGAGAAGUAUAGUCCACCAUAUCAGAACUUGACACAGAUCAGGAGGUACUGA